AUGGCAAAGGGAGAAACGUGCCAUAUUUUGGAAAAACCAGCAUUUCCUCUAUUAUCGAAAGAUGGAGAUGUGAUAAUCGGAGCUGUGUUUUCAAUACAUAGUGGUACACAAAUGCAGUCACUGCAAUAUACUGAAAAACCUCCACCUUUAAUCUGCAUCAGAUUUAACCUCAGAGAAUUUCGCUUUGCUCAGACCAUGAUUUUUGUAAUUGAAGAAAUCAACAGAAGCAACAGUUUGCUCCCAAAUAUUUCAAUUGGCUACAGGAUAUAUGAUAACUGUGGCUCAAGAUUGUUAUCUAUGAAGGCAGCAAUGGCUUUGAUGAAUGGUCAGGAUAUAACAGCAGAUGAUGCCUGCUCUGGACAAGCAGUAGUCCAAGCCAUUAUAGGGGAGUCAGAGUCUUCCCCGACUAUAGUGCUCACAAAAAGUACAGGGCCUUUUAAAAUUCCAGUGAUAAGUCACGCUUCCACAUGUGAAUGUUUGAGUAAUAGAAAAGAGUACCCUUCUUUCUUCAGGACCAUAGCGAGUGACUACUACCAGAGUACAGCACUGGCAUAUUUAGUCAAGCACUUAGGCUGGUCUUGGGUGGGAGCUGUAAACAGUGAUAAUGACUAUGGCAACAGUGGAAUGGCCAUUUUUUUGAAUGCAGCCAAAGAGGAGGGAAUAUGUGUUGAGUAUGCCGAGAAGUUUGACCGGUCAGAUCCUGAAAAAAUCAAGAAAGUGGCAGAUAUUAUAAAGAAGGGCACAGCUAAAGUUAUUAUCAUGUUUCUUGCUCACAUUGAUAUGAAUAUUCUGAUAGAUCACCUCAUUUUAAAGAAUGUCACCGGCUACCAGAUGAUUGGUGUUGAAGGAUGGAUUACUGCAGUCAAUCUAGUAACACCAGCAAGUUACAACAUACUUGCUGGAUCUAUUGGUUUGGAUGUGGGAAAAAUGAACAUUGGUGGUUUUGCUGAGUAUGUUAUAGAAGAGUUUUGGCAAACAGCAGUCCCAUGCUUACAAGCGAAAGGAAACAUUUCUCAAACUGAAAGCGACUGCAGUAAAUAUGAGGAUAUGAUUCCAUUCCAAAAGUACAAUGAAGAUAUAUUGGAAUUAAGAUAUGCAAAUAAUAUUUACAAUGCAGUUUAUGCUGUGGCACAUUCUCUCCAAAGCUUGCUGCGAUGCACAGAAACCCAGAGUUGUAAGAAAAACAAAACAAUACAACCAUGGCAGGUUGGUGAGUCACUAAAAAAGGUAAAUUUUACCACUAAAGUAGGAGAACAGAUUUGGUUUGACAGCACUGGUGCAACAGCUGCAAAGUAUGAUGUGGUGAACUGGCAACGAGGGUUAAAUGGAGAAGUGGUGUUUAAAGCAGUGGGCUAUUAUGAUGCCUCUCUGCCAACUGGACAACAAUUUGUUCUAAAUGGUGAAGAUAUACUUUGGGCUGGGGAAAUUAAAGAGAAGCCAAGGUCUGUGUGCAGUGAAAGCUGUCCUCCAGGAACCAGGAAAGCUGCACAGAAAGGAAGGCCUGUCUGCUGUUACGACUGUAUACCAUGUGCAGAGGGAGAGAUCAGUAACCAGACAGAUUCAAAUAACUGUGAGCAGUGUCCAGGAGAAUAUUGGUCUAAUGCUGAAAGAGAUAAAUGUGUAUUAAAAGUUAUAGAGUUUCUGUCAUUUUCAGAGGUUAUGGGGAUUAUACUGGUACUUUUUUCUCUGCUUGGUGCUGCAAUAACUGUCUUAGUAGCUAUUUUAUUCCUAAUGAAAAAAGACACUCCAAUUGUUAAGGCUAAUAACUCUGAGCUGAGCUUGCUGCUCUUCUCACUGACUCUGUGUUUCCUCUGUUCACUUACUUUCAUCGGACGGCCCUCUGAGUGGUCCUGUAUGCUGCGCCACACAGCUUUUGGAAUCACAUUUGUACUCUGUAUCUCCUGUGUUCUGGGGAAAACUGUGGUGGUGUUAAUGGCCUUCAGAGCUACACUUCCAGGCAGUAAUGUUAUGAAAUGGUUUGGGCCUCUACAGCAGAGACUCAGUGUAGUUGCAUUCACUCUUAUACAGGUUCUUAUUAGUGUCCUUUGGUUAACAAUUUCUCCUCCUGUCCCCUACAUGAACAUGAACUACUACAAGGAAAAGAUCAUAUUAGAGUGUAACUUGGGUUCACCUAUAGGUUUCUGGGCCGUGCUGGGGUAUAUAGGAUUUCUGGCUUUCCUGUGUUUUCUUCUGGCUUUUCUAGCUAGAAAGCUGCCAGAUAAUUUUAAUGAAGCAAAAUUCAUCACAUUCAGUAUACUCAUAUUCUGUGCAGUGUGGAUCACCUUUAUUCCAGCUUAUGUCAGCUCUCCUGGAAAAUUCACUGUAGCUGUGGAGAUCUUUGCCAUUCUGGCCUCCAGUUUUGCUCUACUGUUCUGUAUAUUUACUCCUAAAUGUUAUAUUAUUCUGUUUAAACCUGAACUAAACACAAAGAAACAUAUGAUGGGCAAAAUGUAA